UUAGGGUUCUUGCGGGGGGAAAAUGUAGGGCUCUUGGAUUAUGGAUCGAGGAUUGAGCGUUCUGCUCCUCGUCUCGGCAUUCACAGUAAUCGCGAUCGCCGGCGUCCACAAGAUGCAGCAGCAGGAGCGCGAAGAUUUGCGCGCUGGCGCUAUCAAGGAUCAGGAGAGAUACGCCGCACGGCAGCUUCAAAUGGAGCGGGAUAGGGUCCGGUAGUCGAUCGAUGGCGUGGAAGCCGUCAAUGCUGCGCUUCCAGAUCACUAGCUCACUAGGUGAAUUUGGCGAUUCAUUGAUUUAAUCCUUGGAAUAAAAUCUUGGUUCCAGAAGCUUCAAGAACAUUGCCUAGGGUUUUUGGUCUUCUCGGAUGGAUUCUGGGAGGAAGGCCAGGAGAGCGCUGGAAGAGUAUGAGAUUGAUGCGCUGGUGGAUGAUUCUUACGACAGGCGCAAGAAACGGCACUGCGAUUCAGGCAGCGAGAUUGUGCGCUACUGCGGCCGGGAGAGCUGCGUGAGAAUCUUUGGCGUCGUCUUCCCCAGGCACAGCUACCCGAUCGACGCCUUCAGCUUUAAGCAGCUCGAUUCUUGCCGCUGGUGCCUGGACAUGGCAAUCUUCGUCGGAACAUCGUACGAACAAGUCACGGAGAUGUGCAUCUUUCUCUUCAACCAGUUCGUUCUUCCACCGGAGAAAGCACUGGCCGUGUACGUGCAAUCCCCAGGCUCGGCAUUCCAGUACUGCGGUGGAAUAAGCAACGUUUGCCCCUCGGCGAUGAUCACUCUCCUCUGGCCCAAGCACGGCGGGAAGAAGCAAUUGACGGCCCUGGACGCUCCGCCGCUCAAUGCCUCCAUUGGUGUUUCGCUCGAGGAUUUGUCGACGCUUCCAGCUCUCAACAUUCGGCAGUACUACCACGUCGAGAAGGUUGCUCUCAAGAUCGGUGAGAACUUUUUCCAUUUCAUGCAAUCGUGUUCUAAGGCUGCCCAGGACGGGAGGAUUAUCGUGCCACUUAACUUGCUCGAUCAGUGGUUUGUUAGAUUCAAGGACAAGGCUAGCAAGGAUCCAGAUUAUCUUAAGCAGUUUCAGGUGUAACGACAAUGUUACUCGUCACCAUCACGCGAAGGUGAUGGUGCUGUUUACAAUGGAAUAUCAUACGCACAGCUUUGCUGAGGUUGUGCUGUUUAUUCUUCCAGGACAGAUUGUUAGCUUCAUACCAAGCACGAUGACACGCGAUGUUUAAGACUGGAAGAAGCUUACAAUCGUUGCGUGAGAAAACUUCUCGAGGCAGUGUGACAAUGUUCUUCUUUCUGGCGCUAGUUGGUCUUGUUUCGAGAUGCGCUGCCCAAGAUUGCGAGCCGAGUUUUCGGAGUUAUCAACUUCGAACCAAGGCUUCAUCAGCGUAUUGUUUGACGGCGCUGAAUGAAACCGUGAGAAUGAACCUCUGCGACUCAACUUGUCGCAACCAGAUUUGGUUCUUGAACUCUACUUACAAUUUCGUAGACGCGGCAGGCAGCAAGGCCUUCGUCCUCACAAACGCCGGUUCCGGGCGAGUUCUUCGCCACAGAGCUAACGACGACGAACAAGUCGUUCUCAUUGUCUACUGUGAGCUCAGUAGCUCAAUCCUAUGGACGCUGAGCCCCGAGAGCUACGAUAAGUACUUCGCGAUUCGUCCAUUCGAGAACACUCAACUGAACUUGGACGUGGAUCACGGUGAUCGCAAACACGGCGGCGUCCAGCCAAACAACAGGCUUAUGCUUUUCUCGUGGCACACUGGCGAUAACCAGCUGUGGGAGUUCAUCGAGGCCUGAAAAACACAAAAGAGUUAUUCUAUCAUUUGGAGCAGCCCAAGGUUUUAUAAAAAGACUAAGCUACGCACCUUUUGUC